GGGCGGUGCUUGCGUCGCCCCUCUCCUCGGCUGCCGGGGAAAGCGUGAACUUGAACACUGCCUGGCUCAUUGCAGGUCCCGAUCGCGUCCGUGUCGUCUGCUCGUGUGUCGGUAGCGUGUGUGAACGUAGAUCGGUAGAUUGCAGAGCAGGCUCCAUAAACGGGUCCGGGUCCAGCGGGUCCAGGUCGAACCUUGAUCCCUGAUCCCCCAACACAUCAUGUCCCGGCGCAAACUCGGCAGCCGACCGCAGCACCUGAGUGCAAUUGAAGAGACCCCUGCGGGCGAGAGCGUGGUGACCUCCCCAGCGGUGACCUCUGAGGGGGCGCCGCCCCCCCCUCCGAUGGGGGGCCGUGACCUGCUGACCUGUGGGCAGUGCUGCCAGGCCUUCCCCCUGGCCAACAUCCUGGCCUUCAUCCAACACAAGCAGGGGGGCUGCCCCCCCCGUGGCCCCGCCCACAGCGCAGACACGCCCCCCUCGCCCGCCGGCCGCGUCCGGCAGAGCGCACGCUCCGGGGGCCCCCCGGCGGGGGCGGGGUUUAUCGAGCUGCGGAGGGGAUUGGUCAGCGGCGGGGCGGGGCUUCAUGGUGUGCUGAAGGCGGAGCCUAAUAAGACAGACCCUGAGGAGCCGUCGUUCUUCUCCUGCCAGCAGUGUGGCGGCGUGCUGCCGUCCGCCUGGGCCCUGCUGCAGCACGCCCAGCACACACACUCCCUCAGCCUCUACCAGGAGGGGGAGGAGGGGGAGGAGGAGCAGGGGGGAGGCGGGGGAGGCCACGCCCUCCAACGCCACCAGACCGCCACCCUCGACCCCCGGCAGCUCAGCCAGGCGCUGGCCUCCGCCUUCCAGCCGUCCGGCCGCCGGCCCCCCCGCCCGCGCCCGGCCUCCGGCCCCCCGCAGGCCCUCAACUUCUCCGUCCGUCUCCGGGAGCUGGCGGAGGUCAACACCACCACCACCUCCGCCGUCGCCGGCGCCGCGAUGGGGGGGCGGGGCCCGUCCCCGUCCUCCCCCCCGCCCGCGGCGUACCCCUACCCCCAGGCCCCCGGGGCCCCCCGGGGCCUCCUGGCCUGCGAGCUGUGCGGCCAGGUCUACCAGUCGGUGCGGGGGCUGUCGGCCCACCGCCGCACCCACGGCUGCGAGCGGCCGUACCACUGCGGCGUCUGCGAGGAGGCCUUCGCCCAGAGCGGCCAGCUGGCCCGCCACAUGCGGAGCCACCGGGGGGGGGGCAGCGGCCCGGGGUACGGGCGGGGGGGGGCGGAGGCGGACGAGGACGGAGGGACGCUGGCCGCCAUGGCGACCACGACGAGAGGGAGGCUCCCGGCCCCGGCGCUGCAGCCCCGCCCCUCGGAGGGCGAGCUGGGGGGGGGGCGGGGGGCCGGCGGGGGCCCCUCGGAGGGCUCCCUGGAGAGCGGCGAGACGGGCGGCAGCGCCGAGAGCGGUAUCGCCAGCGGCAACUGCACGCCCAAACGGCCGGAGCUGGGCGAGCCGGGGCCGGGGGGCGCGGAGUGGGGGGGCGGGCCGGCCGAGGCGGCGGCGGCGGGGGGGCGGGGCCAGGAGUGGGCCUCCAGCACGGCCUCGGAGGUGGUGGAGGAGUGGCAGCGCGAGAACGAGAGGAGGAGCGCCGAAGGGGGCGCCGCGGGCGCCGCCAUGGACAACAUCCUCGGCGGCGGCGGCGGCGGCCUCGUGACGGGCGGGAACGCCCGGAGCGCCGGCGGCGGCGUUCCGGCGGCGAAGAGGAAGAAGGACGAGGCGUGCGAGUACUGCGGCAAGCAGUUCCGCAACAGCAGCAACCUGACGGUGCACCGGCGCAGCCACACGGGCGAGCGGCCGUACCGCUGCGGCCUGUGCAGCUACGCCUGCGCCCAGAGCUCCAAGCUGACGCGCCACAUGAAGACGCACGGCGCCCGCGGCGCGCGCGCGCCCUUCCUGUGCCAGCUGUGCAGCGUGCCGUUCACCGUGUACGCCACGCUGGAGAAGCACCUGAAGAAGGUCCACGGGCUGAGCCACGCCAGCGUGGGGGCCUACGCCCAGGCCAGCGGCCCCGGCGGUCGGGCCCCCGAGGAGCCGGGGGCCCCCGGCCACACGGAGGGGCUGGUAGCCGUGAAGAUGGAGGAGGAGGAGGAGGAGCGGGAGGAGGAGGAGGAGGAGGGGGAGGGCGGUGUGGAGGCGAUGGAGGCUGAGACCACCACGAUGAUGAAGGGCGAGGUGCUGCAGGAGCAGGAUGAGGAGGAGGAGGAAGAGGAGGAGCUGAGGAUGAGGCUGGAGCAGCAAAUGACGGGCCAGCUCCUACCGCAGGGCGUGGCGUUGGUGUCAGCCCCCUGACCCCCCCCCCCCCUGUGACUCUGUCCUGGGACCCCACCCCUCCACGUCUCUCUUCAAAAGGAACUCGCACACAGGGACGCAUUGAGCGGACUCUCUCUCACUCUCUCUCUCUCUCACUCUCUCUCGCUCUCGCUCUCUCUCUCGCUCUCGCUCUCGCUCUCGCUCCCGCUCUCUCUCUGCGGUCUCUCUCUCUCUGCGGACCCUCGUCAGCGCUGAGGGGCGUGUGAUGGCCGAGCGGCGUCCAUGUUGUGACCCAGGUGGGGACCAAGUGCCUUUCCCUCAGAGCACCCAAGAAGCCCGCGGGGACGGACGUAGCUGCGGGGGGGGGGGGGGGGGGGGGCAGCACCCAGUAAGACCCCUACCAGCAACAGAACAUUGUGUGUGAAUGCAGAGACGAUAAACGGAUAGAAUCCCUCUCGCAGACGGGUGAUGUGCAAGCAGUUGUUUCAUAACGGCCCACUGAUGCAAAAUCUAUUUUUAUUUUUUUGAUUUCAAUCAGUAAAUAUCAAUCGAUAAUCCAGGUAGUUUAGACGAUUUGUUUUCUAGGGUGAAGCCAGUGGGUUGGAGAGAGGCGGUGUGUGUGUGAGUCGGAGGUCCUCUCUCUCUCUAGCCAUUAAGGACGGUCGGGUUCCGUCUCUGGAAGCCUUCUACAGCCUGGAGGACAGCUGAGGCGAGGCGGCGCUGAGACCAAUCCAAACACGGCCUGCACCUCCUCUACCACCUCUCUUUAAAGUCGCCUGGGCUGUCACAACAGACGCCGCCACUUAAAUUAAUGUUUACGGGGUCCUCCAGGGGCCAUCGGGGCCAUGCCGGGCUACACUCCUGUCCGAGGGACGCUGUGUGAAACGACUACCUAUGUUCAUGUCCUCUCUAAAUGUGAAGAAGGAGGCUUAAUACUCUUCUGGUUUCCUUGCUUUGCUCCUAUGCAUAUCGCCCCUCGCGGUCUCAUGCAUACAAACGGGUGUCCACUGGUUCUUGUAUAUUGCUGUGGUGGUGAAUCCAGGAUUCUGUUAUUGUUUACAUUUUGUAAAGCCUCCUCUAGGUCCUCUGGUCAUGAGGUCCUCCUUUAUUUAUGGGUGCUGCAUGUUGAUCGUAGUGAAGCCCAAACCUCUUUGUUCUUCACGGUGGAGGAAUGUGGUAGAUAGCUAGCUGAUUGGUGAGAACGAGCACUUGAGUGUCUGUGUGUGUGUGUGUGUGUGCGUGCGCGCGUUUGUGUGUGCGAGAACGAUGGGUGAAGUGAGAGAGUUGUUUUGGUGUUAUUAUAAUUUCUGUGUGUGUAAUUAGCUCGCCUGUCUGUGGCGGCUGUCGUUGGGCGCUGUUGUGUCCAAAGCAUGAUGCAAGUUGUUCUCACUGUGGUAUAACGCAUGUCCACAGGGCUGCAUGUGAUGCAAGCCCCCGGAGACUCUCCCCUCCAUGGCAAUACAAAGACACAGGGUCAUUUGGUGUGGAGCGAGCUCUACUGUCUGCUGUCGUGUCCCUACUGUGUUUGCCUUUAUUGGUUUUUCUAUUUAAAAUAAAUCUUGUCAGGAAAUCCAUAUGUUGGACACUUUUCUUUUUUUCUUUUGCAAAUAUAAAGUCGGUGUGUGAGUGUGUGUGUGUGAUAGCGAGGGUGUGUUCAUGUACAAUAUUUCUGUACAUAGUCUUUUUUUCAUUGCCAUUAUCAAUAUCGUUAUAAUAAUUGUAACUAUUAUUAACUUGUCCGAGCCUUGUUUUUUGUUUUCCUCAGAUCUCUGUUCUGUCCUCAAAUCUUUGCGCUGUAUUUUUUUAAAACUUGACUCCAUUUUGUAACUGACCUUCACGCAAGGAUCUCAAUAAAGGAUCUCGAUAAAGAAUUGAGGCAACGUU